AUGACGGGUGCGGUAACGUUUCCCAGCCGAGUACAAAAAAAUUUGCUCGGAUCAGUUGUGCGGUAUGAGGCUUGGCGUUAUCCUGCAAGAAUAUCAUUUUCUUCCGAUUGAUCAAAGAAGGCUGUUUCUGGAUGAGUGCUGCUUGUAACUCGUUGAAGCUGCUCAAAAUACAAGUUAGCAGUGAUGGUUUGACCCCUUUCCAAAAGCUCAUAAUGGACAAUUCCAGUUGCUGUCCACCAAACACACAACAAAACCUUGUUUGGGUGCAAGGAAGCCUUGGACGUGAGUGGUACCGGAUCAGUAGGUGACAACCCAUGAUACGAACGCUUAGAAUUCGAAUACAAGAUCCAUUUUUCGUCGCAGGUUAGAAACCGAUUAAGAAAUGGUUCAUUAGCGUUGCGUGAAAUGUUUGCUGAACAAAUGGUAAGACGACUUAAUUUCUGAUGAAGAUGCAAACGAAUAGUUUCAGGACUUACUCUGAACAUUUCUGCAAGUUCUUGGCACGUUGUGCUGGAAUUUGCGUCCACAACCUGUCGAAGAUCCUCGUUGUUCAUAAUUUUUGGUCUCCCUGAGCGCG